AUGGAUUCAUUAGAACAGCUCAGACAAUUUCAGGACAUAGUUUGCACAAGGUACCUGACAGACAACGCGACCCUGCAGACACUAGAGCAAGAAGAUCCAGCAGCCUCAAGUAGACUAGCCGAUGCCAACCGCACAAAUGAAAUGGUAGCCACAACAGAACCAAGAGAAAGGAGAAAAAAAGAAGAAGAAGACGAAGAGAGGAAGAGAAGAACAAAAUCGAGGGACAUAGGCAUUGACAAGAACAAGAUAAAGCGGCAAAAACAGGAAUGUACCAAUAGCACGCCAGGCCAAGAUGAACUCCAACAGCAGGAUGGUGUCAACAACCCCAAAAACACAAAUGAACUGAACAAACAAAGCAACCUCACAACAGACAAUGCUACAACAACAACUACCCCAACACAAGCACAAGAUACGAUCAACGUCAGAACCUGUGAAGAGGUAUCACAAGCACUGCAAGCCCAAGAGACAACCCGUGUUGAAAUUGAACCCCAUAGUGAACCUCAAACAGACGAAGGCGUCAAAGAACAGGAACUUUGUGUACAAGAGAUUUCCAGCGCCACAACAUUGCAGAUCACCAUCACAAGUACAAAGGAGAAAGUGCAAGACAUCCCAGCCGAUGAGAAACAAGAGACUGUUAUACCUGACAAAGAAAUAGUAGAUGCAGGCACAAAUAACCCAGUCAUUAACACGAAGGAAACAAACGAGUACGCUGAUCUCGAAGAUCAAGAACUUCAAACAACAACAUCUGAAGAGGAAGAGGAAGCAUGCAAAAGCACUGGCAUAGACAUUCAACAAGAAAAACUAGAGGACAACACGAGACAAGGAGAAGCCAUAGUACAAGCAGUAGACAGUCCUGCAACUCCAGAGAUAGAGGCACAAGGAGCUCAAGAAACCAUCAACAAUCAAGACCAUCAAACACAACCAAAGGAGCCUAAUGAACAACCUGAACAUGUUCUUCAAACGAUAGAAAAUAAUGCCACUGAAGACCAAGCCACAAAAAAUUCACUCACCUACGAGAGACAGGGGCAGCGUCAACGACUGAAAAGUCCAAUGGACUCUCACUUUGCCGCCUCUAUGUUUGAACAGCUGCAAGAAAAAAACAAGAUCAGUGACGAUGAACAGCAAAAUAAAGAGCAAGAGAAGGACCCAAAACCACCACUGAACGAAAAAUCAGCAGUAACAACAACAAAUACAGAGAAACACGAAGAAGGGGACCACGGAGAUACAAGCAAUGAAGCAGACACACACAUUGUUCCAGAGAAAGAAGCAGAAACCAUCGAAGAAAACCCUACACCGUCGUACGAUGCCAAUUCCCCUGGCAGAGAGGUCAGUGCCAACCAGGUCGAGACUGAAAAACAAGACGGAAAAGACCACCAGCAAGACACGACGGUUGACAAGGAAAAACAUGAUGCUAAGAAAGACACAAACGACUCAAAUGAGGAUGCAGCAAAAACUGAACAAAAGGGUACAAUGCAAAAAGAACAACAUAACAUGCCGCAAGAAGCAGAAGGAGAACAAGAAAGGAACAAGACUGGACAUGACAUAUCUUCUAGCAUCGAAGCAGGCACAAUGGAGAAAGGGGACAAAGAUAGUGAUUCCGUCAACAAAGCCAUCGAAGACCUGUACAAUGCUGUAUGCAAGCCAUGGACACAGAGAGAAAUGGAUGAGCUUUUCAUUACAACGAACAAGUUUGAUGUCAAUCUAGGCCAUGUCGUCGAAAGCUUCAAGAUCGUGCUCGGUGUUAAAAUUGGAGAAAAAGGAGGACUAGCAGAAUUCAAUGAGGACGAAGCAUUGAAACAGUUUGCACCCCUUGUAACAGGGAAGGAACUUUUAAAGAAAAAGCUGAUUAUGAUACCUCACAACACAGCUAAACACUACACACUGUACGUGCUCAACAAGUACACGAGCUCCAUCGACAUACUUGACUCACUGAAUUACAGAGACGGAGACGGAAAGAAUACAUGGAAAACACACCAUAAGGAUCACCCAGAACUGAUUAAAAGGAUGCAUGCACUCAUGAAGAAGUAUUACGGCGAAGCGGAGCUACGAGCCAACGGCGAACCGAACUGGUCGAGGAUAGCAGAAACACCUUACAGAGUUUGCGUGCCAAAACAGCAGGGUACCCAAUGCGGACACUUCAUGGUUCAAUUUGCAAAAUACUGGAAUGGCAUUGAUCUCAUAAAAGAUGAUGAGGAUUUCGAUCAAAUAAACGUAGAUGCCGAGUGGAAACCAGAGUUCCUUUUUACAGCCAUAUUUGGUGAAACAAACCAAGUAAAGUGCGAGAAACUACCUGGAAGAAUCAAAGAAUUCAAACCAGAAACUUCAAAGUUCUUUUCCACCAACAAAGAAACAGAUGAAACUAAAAGGGAAAAAAGACGAAGCACCAGUCCAUACCCAAAACAUUCUCAUUGCUUCCAACACACAACGGAGGCGUCCGACCUCUUUCAUCUAGUCAUGAGCGACAGCUGGCAGGAAGAAUACAAAAACAAAACUAUAUUUAGGCGCAUCCGCAGGGACAGUGAAAGCACGCAACUUACUGGAGCCCAACUGAAGGCAGUAUUUGGUCCAAGACCAGCACAGACGAACAUACCACAUCAUAUGGAAAAGAGGGUCCUCGAUGACAUAGCAGAAAUCUGGGAAAGCAGACAAGAAUCAGAACAGAGUGACAGAGUAAUAUUAGGCCCAAACUUUGCAGAGCAUAUAUUGGAUUUAAAGGAACACAAAACUACUAUUAAAAAAUUUAAAAAUGAAUUGCAAAAAAGAAAGAAUCAGCUGGUUCCCAUGUAUCUCAAGGAAAAACAACGGAAAAAGCUCUCAACAGCAAACAUGAUAUUCGUUCCAAUGGAGAAGCAUGACCGCUAUGUACUAUAUGUGCUGGACAAAUACAAACACAUAGUUCACAUUAUUGAUCCUCGAGAAACGACUCCAGAGGAAUUUGAGAAAGAAAAGAUAGACGUGGAUAAAUUGGAUCUAAAAGAAGCAUCUCGAGUUCUUCAGGAAAAUGGAUAUGCUAAAAAAGAAAGAGAAAGACAGUUUCAGGAAUAUCAAGUUCAUAAGUCGGCACUCGUACCUAGGUUUAAAGAAGUCUUCAAUACCAUACUAGGACAAACAAUGAAUGCCAAGGGUACAAGAUGGAAGACUCAUACCGUGCAAGAUGUUCCAGUGGUAGAAAAGGGAGAAUCAACAUUUGCUGUUUUAAAGCUUGCAUUCCUCUACAAUGGUGAAAAGUUUGUCGAAGACCUGGAAGAUUUGACAGAUGAUGUCGAAGACUGGAGGGCAGAGGCAAUGUACAUUCUCUUAAGUAGCGAGAUGAAUCAAGUCAAAGCUAGUGAAAUGGGUGACGAGAUUAGCAAGAUCUUGAGCAAAAAUGAAGACUAA